UGAGAUAUGCAGAAACCGAGAAGUCCAUAGCAACCAAGCCUUCAACCAUUGUCCUAAUAUAAAAGGGAGUUCGAUUUAUAAAACUACAAUUAUACAUAUAUAGCCAAACUAUUCACCCAGAAGAAGAGGAACAGCAAAGAUAAAAUUUAGGAAAAUGAAAUUUAAAAACUGUCGCUUUUGAAUCACAAUUUUGAGUUGCAAGUUGCAGGAAAUUAAUUAACAAAUUCAGAUUUUGUUUCAAAAGAUACGGAAAAAAACCCAAGACAAGAACGAAACCAGAGAAAUAUCUUUUAUAAAAAAAAUGGCACUUCAUAGAUUGUGUUUAAUGGCGAUUUUGUUGAUCACUGUAUUGGAAAAAAGAAGCAUGACAGUAAUUACCAAAAAAUCAACGGGACUGUAAAAUAUCCAAAUAUUACCAUCAGGGUUUGGAGCCAUUGGUAUUGUGAAAAGUUAUGUUCUUCGUGUUCCAACUGCUACGGUUAUUCUUAUCAGUCUGACUGGUGUCAGUUACUUGUGAUGAAUGAUUGUUGCAAUUCCACAGCAGUCCUCCUUUCCGAUGGAAACUUUACUGACCUAACUAAACCGAUAAAAUGGACAUUUGACACUGGGAGUUUGAUACAUAUGAGUGGUGGAGAUGCACCCAACAUUACGUUUGAUGACAUUCCUUCUGAUGAUGACGUAAAUAAAACCAGUACUACAAUAAAUACCAGUGGUGCAACUGAAACAAGCACUACACCGCAAACCAGUGGCACAACAAAAACUCCUGCAACACCCAUGUGCUCUUGUGCUUGUGAAGAUGUGACACAGCAGCCCCCCACUGAGGAGGAGUUGGAAAUUCUUAAGGAUAACUUAAAAAAAGAGCUUGCCGUGGAUAAAAAGAAACUGUCCAAAACGAUUCGAGCCAAAACCAGUGCCCCGGACGAACGACAAUCGGCUCAAGGUAUAGGAUUUAUUGGUGUGGUACUUCUAUCUGCUCUGCCUAUCUUCAUCUUCAUUAUAGACCUCCCACAACUCUAUGCGGACCUGAAGACUUUUUACACGAAUGUUUCUAGUUUGUGUUCCAAUAGGACUCCAAGCUAGACUUUCAUCCGCCAAUUUUCUGGACGUAACGAGGAACUAUUUCACGAGAUACUGGUAUAUACAUACCUACAAAGCAUGUACGUAUGUAUAUGUGUAUGUAUAAAUGUAUAUACGUAUGAUGCGUAUAUGUAUGAAUCAACA